GGGUAGCCAGCCAUGAUAGCCACUGGAGGCCUCCUGAGGAUCUCAGCCAGGAAACAGGACCCGCUGCGGCCCCAGAGCCAGGUUCCGAAACGCAAGCGCAAAGCCAAAAAGAAACGCAAGAACGACGUGGUGGUGGUGAAGGGCAAGCUCAAACUCUGCUCACUCUCAGGCCUCAUCGCUCUCUGCGGCAUCCUAGUGCUGCUCGUGGGAAUUGCCUUGGCGGUAGUCGGCUAUUGGCCCAAGCCUCUUUACCGAGCAGGGGAGAACCAGUUCUUGCCGCCACACGGAGGAACCACCAAAAAUCGCUCCAGGAGCCAGACAGGGGGACCAGGAGAAUCUCACCUGGAAGGCUCAGGAACCAAUUCCUCCUUCCCUAACAGAAAGAAGGGUCUCCCUCAUUCAUCACCUUCCCCUUCACCCUCCUCAGCAAGUUUUCUUUUUCAGCUUUUCUCUGGGUAUUUGCAUUCAGACAAGCUUAAGGUGCUAGGACCUCUCAUCAUGGGCAUUGGGAUCUUCCUCUUCAUUUGUGCCAACGCAGUGCUUCAUGAGAAUCGCGACAAGAAGACCAAGAUUAUCAACCUGCGGGAUCUGUACUCCACAGUCAUAGAUGCACACAGUCUUCGGACCAAGGAUGGGGGCCCCUCCGCUUCUCUGGCCCCCGUUCCAAUCAAUGGCUUUGUUAACUAUGUUCAGUCUCGGGGGAUGGAGCUGAAACCUGGCACUGGGUCUGGGGAAGCCUUAGGGACUGCUGCCAUGCUAGGCAAGAGCGCCUGGCACCCAGCCGUGGGUGCCCCCCUGUCUCCUGACCUAGCAUCGACACCGCGCUGCUCCUCUUUCUCCUCUUCGAGGCAGCUGCAGCCACCCAGCUUGGCUGAGGCUGUGUACAGCAUCUACCGGGAGAGAGCGGCCUUGGACAGAACUACUCGUAGCCCGCCUUGCAGCCCCCCCGAGAGCUUGGACCAACACAGCACUGCCAGUUCCAUCGUGGGCUCUUCAAUCAGCGCCUUCACUUUGCUGCCGCUAGCUCAGGGGGAGGCAGCAGUUAAAGACUGCCGUGGGUGGCGGAGGCCGCUGGGUGAAAGAGGGGCCAGGGAGAUUCCACGGGGAGAGUUUGAGCUCAGUCUGACUGAUCUCAGGAGCAAAUAUGUGGACACGGGGCAAGGUCACACCAUGCUGCCCAGGACGGGCAAACGCAAGAUGGUUCUUAGACGCCAGAGCACAAGCUGCCUCCCUGAAGCCAGGAGAUCCUUCUCCCCAGAACCCUCUCAGACCCUGGGCAGUAGCACAGACUUAGACUCUAGUCUUUUAUUAAAGGCUUCCACUUCCAGCUACUCCAAAUCCCUAAACCCGGGGGGCUCUCCCCCUUCCACACCACCUGGGGAUAGGAGAGAUUCCCAGAACUCUCAGUGUGAUCAGUACAGAAGCAAUAAGGGCUAUACCCCUCUGGAGGAGACAGGUACCUCCUUGGAAUCUAUUGCCAACACCCCAGCCCAUAAAACCCAGGAUUGCGACGUCAGUCCUAGUGGGGAAACUGCCCCCUCAGAGGGAACCAGCAAAGAACAAACAGAGCAACAGCAUUUGAAAAUUCAAAGACAAUAUACAAAUAAAGAGAAACUCUUCAUGAUCUCCAGGUCAGAUGCUGUUGUCGGGCUGGAGGAAGGAGACCUGAAGAACACUGGCAUUUAAAUGGGAUAAAAUGGAGAUAAGCAUCAGAACAACCUGUAAUCCUUCUGCCCCCUUGUGGAUCUAGGAAACUGAUCACUAUCCAAAGAGAUGAAGUAUGUUAUCCUUGAAUAGCAUUCAUUACAUUUAUGUAGGUAUCUUCAGGAAAAAAAGAAAAACCCUAACAGGAGUUUGAUCUGUUCAGUUGUGAUCCUAUAUUCCACGGAAGCCAAAUUGUAUUACACAUCAGCAGUCCAGUAAAUUCUUUGGGACGAAGGAACCAAACUUCCUGACAAUAAUUGUGCACUUUACUAAUUUUUACUCUCCACGGCCCCCUUCUUCUCUCUUGGAUUUUGUCAUGUCAUUAACUACACAGUCUUUUCUGAGCUGCAGAGAGAGGUGAUUUUCAGUUCCGCAAAAUCAGUCUCUCUCCUUCAUUUUACUGUUUGCUUAGAAUAAUAUUGUAUUGGCAGGGAUUGUAAAAAGCAGCUCUAAUUUCUGUGAAAGUGUCAGCUGAGGAAAGACUGGUGACGGGUAGAAUUAUGGCCGGCUGAAAUGCUACCAUACUAAAUUCAAAUAACAAUUACUUUAUUAAGUAUUAUUGCACAUGUAUGAAGUAAUAGCAUUAAUAACCAUUUUUAAUUUAAAUAAAAUAUGUUUACAAUGACAAAAUAUAUUUAGGUAAUUCUUCAUUUCCUGCUGAAUUUCAAACAAAAUAAGGUUAUUUUUCAG